AUGGCUAUCCCUCUCCUGCUCGUGAUCCUCCUUUCAGGCAAGAUCGAAGUUGGAGCUGUUGAGCUGACGCUCUCACCGCUGAGCCUGACGGUGCUCCGAGGGCAUGAAGCCCGUUUCACCUGCGCCGCCACCUCUCAGUGGACUGUGAUGGUGUGGACGCUGAACAACCUUCCCCUAGUUACCAUUUCCAGGGAAACUGGAGUCCUUCCCAUUGGCAAUCCAAAUGUGACAGCUGAAAGAAGUUCUACAUCACAAAGAGACAGCUGGAUGUUGGUUCUCAAGAGCGUAGAGAGGAACAACCACGGAGAAGUGACCUGUGCCCUCCAGGGCAUCGCUAUGAAAACAGCAAGCCUGCAUGUGCAAGAAAAGGGCAACGUGAGGAUCUUUGGGCGUGAUAAGCUGGCCUUCAGGGGCCAGUCAGUCGUGUUCGAAUGUGCAGCAGCGGGAUGGUACCCUCAGCCGAAUCUGCAGUGGCAAGUGAAUGGCAGAAAGACAAGCGAGGGUGAAUACAAUAUCAGCAGUGAAGAGUCGGAGAAGAGCCUCUUCACUGUGACCAGCAAUCUCAAUGUGACGGCAGCGGUGAGCUCUGAUGUGGAUUGUCUGGCCUCCGUGUCGGCCCUCCUCUCGCCGCUGAAGAGCAGCGCCCGCCUGACAGUGGUUGCAGAGGUGGUGCAGGAAGAAGCCGACUGCACCGUCCCCCUGGCGCUGACUGGCUCGCUCUCUGCUCUUCUGCUGCUCGCCCUGCUCUGCGUCUGCACUGUCCUCUGCUACAGACAAAGGAGACAAUCAAAAGCCGGCCCACAGGAGGCAAUAAGGUUCGACCCAUCGGUGUUUGCAAUCGGCUCAGGAGCACAGGUGAUGAGAGGGCAGGUCAACCUGGGAUACGCCAGUGAGGGCCCAGCAGAUGCAGCUUACAAUGAAAUAAACGUGGGAACUCAUAGCCAGAUGGACUUUGUCAGCUUUCUCAAGGUUCCUGAUGUGGUUUCGUCCAGCAGCCUGUCUCUGACCAAUGAGGGCCAAGCCCAGCUGAGUCUCUCCGACGAAAGUCCCAAGACUGUCCGGAGGAUUACCACAGUAUAA